UUCAUGCCAGUGGGAACUAUACAGUCCGUCUAAUCCUUCUUUUAUCGAAACAGUCGUAGGUGACCUUACGAGUUAAGUCAAGCUUUCUGCGAGAUGGGAGCUGGGCUACACCAGGACAUCAUGAAACAAGAGCUGAAGAGUUGUCCUUAAAGUCAACGUCUGUGAAAAAUCUCACCAUCUUUUUUAACCUCGAAAACAGAAAUUGGAGAUUUAUCGUGUGCGACCUCCACGGCUGUAGGUGUCAGCCGACGGAGUAGAGCCUUUCAGUCUCCAACGAGGAGACGCCUGCGCACUACUUUCAGCCACAAGCAGCUGGAACAUCUUGAGAUGGCCUUUGGACAGAACCAGUAUCCUGACAUCUACUUCAGAGAGGAGCUUGCACGAAUCACCAAGCUCAAUGAAGCCCGUGUACAGGUGUGGUUUCAGAACAGAAGAGCCAAGCAGCGUAAGCGUGAGCGGGCGUCCCAGAAAGCCCUUUCUCUGGGUGUUAUACCAGGCCACAGGGCACUGCUGGGCAGCAUGCACGUCCCACCGUCCAUGGCUCGGCACUAUUAUGCUCAACCCCUAGCCACGGUUCUGCCUGCCGCCAUGUUCCCCCACCACCCACCACCAGGCAGCCAGUACCCCUGUCCCUCUAUGCCACCGCAGGUGACCCCUCAACAUCAGCAUGAGGAAUGGUACAGUCCCCUGAGGAGCAACCUGACACCAACUAUGUUCUCCCUGACCUCCAUGCAGCCCCUGGACACCUCCCACUGGAGCUGAGCAUCUACCAGGAACAAGAUUGUUCACCAAACUAUAGUUAGGCUGUCGAGUAUUAACCAAAACCUCAGUCACAUGUCCUUUCUCACAUACUGUAUUCAUGUUCUUGGAGCACCUUUUUUAUUAUAAAACUAUAUUACAGCAUAUCAUUAAGAUAUCAAUGUGAUAAAUAAGAAUUGACCUUUGUGUAACAAUGACGUUUAUGAUGUCCAUGUCCAAAAAAACUAAUAUCAGUAUUGAAUCCAAAAUACUGUCUAUACAACGAUAAAAACACACAGCUUUUGGUUACUUUGGCAUGCCAUUCCAAAGGGUCCGAUGGAGAUAGAACUGUACAAAAAAACAUAACAUUCCAUUGAAAAUAUUUAACUCCAAUCGGCUCAUCACUCAUAGGAGGGGCCAUAGAGGUCGGGUGCAGUGUGAGCUGGGCGGAAACCGAAGGCAAGACACUUGGCGGUCCAAUCAUCGACUACAUGAGCUAGCUCUUGGGACGUGGAACAUCACCUCACUGGGGGGUAAGGAGCCUGACCUGGUGCGUGAGGUGGAGAAGUUCCGGCUAAAUAUAGUCGAACUCACUUCAACACACAACAGGGGCUCUGGAACCAGUUCUCUCGAGAAGGGCUGGACUCUCUUCCACUCUGGUUUUGCACACAGUGAGAGGCGACGGGCUGCGGUGGCAAUUCACGUUGCUCCCCGGCUCAAAGCCUGCACGCUGGAGUUCAAACCAUUAGACAAGAGGGUAGCUUCCCUCCGCCUAUGGUUGGGGGUGUGUGUCCUGACUAUUUGUGCUUAUGCACCAAAAAUCAGCUCAGAGUACCUGCCCUUUAUGGAUUCCCUGGAGGGAUUACUGCAGAGUGAACCCUCAGUUGAUUCCCUUGUUCUGCUGGAUGACUUCAACGCACAUAUGGGCAACGACAGUGAAACCUGGAGAGGUGUGAUUGGGAAGGACGGCCGUCCGGAUCUGAACCCGAGUGGUGUUUUGUUAUUGGACUUGUGUGCUUGUCACAGAUUGUCCAUAACAAACACAAUGUUCAAACAUAAGGGUGUCCAAAUAUGCACUUGGCACCAGGACACCCAAGGUCACAGUUACAUGAUCGACUUUGUAGUUGUGUCAUCGGAUUUGCGGUCUCAUGUUUUGGACACUCGGGUGAAAAGAGGGGCCGAGCUUCAAAGUGAUUCUGGACCACCAUUCGCCGUGUCAGGAAGGGGAAGCAGUGCACCGUGUAUGGUGAGGAUGUGUGCUGCUGACCUCGACUUCGGAUGAUGUGGACCGGAGGAGGGAAUACUUUGACGAUCUCCACAAUCCCACCUACACAUCUCCCUAUGAAGAAGCAGUGCCUGGGGUAUCUGUAGUGGGCUCUCCUUUUUCUGGGGCUGAGUUUGCCGAGGUAGUUAAAAAGCUCCUCGGUGGUAAGGCCCGGGGGUAGAUGAGACCCGCCCUGAUUUUCUUAAGGCUUUGGAUGCUGUCUUGGUUGACAAGACUCUGCAACAUUGCGUGGACAUUGAAGACUGCACCUCCGAAUUGGCAGACCGGGGUGGUGGUUCCUCUCUUUAAGAAGGGGAACCGGAGCGUGUGUUCCAACUAUCGUGGGAUCACACUCCAUAGCCUUUCCGGUAAGGUCUAUUCAGGUGUACUGGAGAGGAGGCUACGCCAUUUAGUCAAACCUCGGAUUCAGGGGGAGCAGUGUGAUUUUUGUCCUCUCUCUCUCUCUCCAGGGUCGUUGAGGGUGCAUGAGAGUUUGCCCAACCAGUCUACAUGUGCUUUGUGGACUUAGAUAAAGGCAUUCGACUGUGUCCCUUGGGAAGUCCUGUGGGGAGUGCUCAGGUUGUAUACGGUGUCGGACUGUCUGGCUGUGGCGUUCCGAUCCCUGUAUCAUCGGUGUCAGAGCUUGGUCCGCAUUGCCGGCAGUAAGUUGGACCCAUUUUCAGUGAGGGUUGGACUCCUCCAGGGCUGGCCUUUGUCACCAAUUCUGUUCAUAACUUUUAUGGACAGAAUUUCUAGGCGCGGUCAGGGCGUUGAGGGUAUCUAGUUUGGUGGCUGCAGGAUUAGGUCUCUGCUUUUUGCAGAUGAUGUGGUCCUGAUGGCUUCAUCUGGCCGGGAUCUUCAGCUUUCACUGGAUCGGUUCGCAGUAGAGUGUGAAGUGACUGCGAUGAGAAUCAGCAGCUCCAUGUACGAGUCCAUGGUUCUUGUCCGGAAAAGGGUGGAGUCCAUCUCCGGGUUGGGAAAGAGCUCUUGUCCCAAGUGGAGGAGUUCAAGAACCUCGGAGUCUUGUUCACAAGUGAGGGAAGAGUUGAUCGUAAAGACGCAGUGCGGCGUAUUCAGUAAUGCAGUCACUGUAUCGAUCCGUCGUGGUGAAGAAGGAGCUGAGCCGGAAGACAAAGCUCUCAAUUUACCGGUCAAUCUACUGUACAUUCUCAUCCUCACCUAUGGUCAUGAGCUUUGGGUUAUGACCGAAAGGACAAGAUCACGGGUACAAGCUGCCGAAAUGAGUUUUCUCCGUCAGGGGGCAUGGCUCUCCCUUAGAGAUAGGGUCAGACGCUCUGUCAUCCGUGAGGAGUUCAAAGUAAAGCCGCUGCUCCUCCACAUUGAGAGGAGCCAGACGAGGUGGUUCGGGCAUCUGGUCAGGAUGCCACCCGGACGCCUACCUGGGGAGGUAUUUAGGGCAUGUCCGACCGGUAGAAGGCCAUGUGGAAAACCCAGGACACAUUGGGAAGACUAUGUCUCUCGUCUGGCCUGGGAACGCCUCAGGAUGCCCCGGGAGGAGCUGGAUGAAGUGGCUGGGGAGAUGGUAGUCUGGGCUUCUCUGCUUAGGCUGCUGCCUCCGCAACCCGACCUCGGAAAAGCGGAAGAAAAAUGGAUGGGUGAAUGGAUACCUCGAUUCCAUGGGAUAUGGAAGAAGACCUGUCUCACAUAAACUUAUAUAUAUCAAUAUGAUUUUAAUACAUGUGCAUAUAUUAAUAAAUAUACAAAUACAAAUGUAAUAUACAAAUAAAUAAUUUGCAUAAACACGUAUUUGUAAAUACAUUUUUGAGAUUUCAAAAUAUAUACAAAUAACAUUUAUAAUUAAAGCUGCAAGCAGCGUUGGUCGGGUCCGCCGUUGGCCGCCGCCGCCGUGUCCCGAGUCCCGAUCUUAGUCAGACCUACAUAGAAGUUUUUAUUUCAUCACUCUACGACAUUCCUAACAGAAGUUACAAGCAGUUUUGUCUGGAAAAAGGUGACGGCUUUUUACAAAACCUUUAUUUUGAAGGGGUAAUUGCCAACUUCCUGUUGAUUUUAACUGAAAGAUGCCACCUAUCAAAAUGUAGGUCUCGGUGAGACCUACAUUGAGGUUUUUGUUUCAUGUCUGUCCGACAUUCCUACCAGAAGUUACAAGCAGUUUUAUCUGUUUCCUCUUCCUAGGAGCAGUUUUUUCUGUGUUUUAUUCAAAAAUUGCAGUAGAGCGCAAUUUUGAGUUUUAAGGUUUGGUUUUUUCACUAGAUCGCAAUUUCUGCCAGUCCUGAUGUGUGUGCCAAGUUUGGUGAGUUUUGAAGCAUUUUAAGGGGGUCAAAUUACAGCUCAAAGAGGCAAAAAUAGCGUUUUUUUCAAAAAUGUUGCUUUGAAUGAGUUUUUGCAAAAUUUCUGUUGAUUUUGGGUAUAGACGUUUUUUAUUGGAAAUGUAGGUCUAAGUCAGACCUACACAGAAGUUUUUGUUUCAUGUCUCUACGACAUUCCUAACGGAAGUUACAAGCAGUCUGUUUUUUGUCUCUUCCUAGGGGGCGUUAGCGCGCAAUUUUAAUUUUUGGGGUUUGGUUGCUUAAUAAGUUGGUCUGCCGCUCCAUACCGAUGUGUGUGUCAAUUUUGGUGAGUUUUGAAGCAUGUUAAGGGGGUCAAAUUAGGGUGCGAAGGUGCGAGCGCGCCUUGGGCUGCUGCCCCCGAUCCCCACUGUCGAAGGCGCCUUGCUGCCACUAUUUAAUGCAUUGUGAAAGUAAUGCAGUUGUUGUAUUGAAGUGAAAAUAUCAAGCUUUCUGUUGAUUUUUGCCAAAGCAUGUCAAUUAUUCAAAUGUAGGUCUAAGUCAGACCUACAUAGUGGUUUUUGUUUCAUGUCUCUACGACAUUCCUACCAGAAGUUACAAGCAGUUUUGUCUUUGUUUUCUUCCUAGGAGCAGUUUGUCUGUGCUGUAUUCCUAGGGGGCGCUAGAGCACAAUUUUGAGUUUUGGGGUUUGGGUUUUUCAUUAGCUCGCAAUUGUUGCCAGUCCUGAUGUGUGUGCCAAGUUUGGUGAGUUUUGAAGCAUUUUAAGGGGGUCAAAUUACAGCUCAAAGGCAAAAAUGACAUUUUUUAGGAAACUUUGCGCAGGGCGUCUUUGAAGGCGCGUAAAAUCAAAACCUUAAAACUUAUCAAAACUUUGAUCUAUACUUUUAUUCAGAAGGGUCCAAACUCUCUCCUGAGCGAGUUUGAAGCCGAAACGACAAACGCGCUCAGAGGACAUAACUUUUGAAGAAAGGUGACGGGUUUUCACAAAACUUUUAUUUUGAAGGGGUAAUUGCCAACUUCCUGUUGAUUUUUUCUGCUAGCUGUCAAUUAUUAAAAUGUAGGUCUAAGUGAGACCUACAUAGAAGUUUUUGUGUCAUGUCUUUCCGGCAUUCUUACCGGAAGUUACAAGCAGUUUUGUCUGUGUUUUCCUCCUGUAAGCAGUUUUUUCUGUGUUUUACUCAAAAAUUGCGCUAGAGCGCAAUUUUGAGUUUUUAAAAAAUUUUUUUUCAUUAGAUCCCAAUUUCUGCCAUUCCUGAUGUGUCUGCCAAGUUUGGUGAGUUUUGAAGCAUUUUAAGGGGGUCAAAUUACAGCUCAAAGAGGCAAAAAUUGCAUUUUUUGUGAACAUUUUGCUUUGAAUGGGUUUUUGCAAAAUGUCCGUAAAUUUUUGCCCCAGAAGAUACAAUUAUGAAAUUUAGGUCGAAGUCAGACCUACAUAGAAGUUUUUGUUUAAUGCCUCUACGACAUUCGUAACGGAAGUUACAAGCAGUCUCUUUUUUUUUCUUCCUAGGGGGCGCUAUUGCGCAAUUUUGAUUUUUAUGAUUUGGCUGCCUAAUAUGUUGGGAAGGCAUGAAAGACCGACGUGUGUGUCAAAUUUGGUGAGUUUUGAAAUAUGUUAAGAGGGUGAAAUUGGGGCGCGACGGUGCGGAAGAAAGAAAGAAAGAAUAAAACGCAGCAGGAACAAUAGGGUCCUUGCCUAUGGCAAAGGAGAGGGCGGACCCUAAAUAUAAAAAUGUGACAUACUAAAUAAUUUGUACAAAUAAACGUGUAUUUGUAUUUAUAUUUUUGUGAUAUGAAUAUAAAUAUGCUUGAUUUUGUCUUUGUAUUUGUAUUGAAUUUGCGUAUGUGGAUCGCUUUUUUGCUUUUGUCUCGAUGAGACAUUCCUCCCACAAACCAGAUGCACAAAUAAAUGUGACCUACACAUUCCCCUGAACAACCAGCAGAGGGCACUCAAUCCUGAUCGGACCAUCAGGACAAGGUCAUUAAACGGCAUUGUUACAAUAAAAUAAGCAACUAGCACGAUCUUUCAGAUUAACUGGAUAUAUCAGCAUGAGCUAAUACAAUGCUCACAUUAGCUAGCUCAGGCAAGUUGUGCGUUCUCUCUCUAAAGACCUGGAUUGUUUUUGUGCAGAGAACUCCGGGCAUUUUGCAUAUAAUGCUCUGUGACCCAGACCGCUCUGGCUGCAGUUCCCUCUGCUGGUUGUUCAGAGGAGUGUGUUUGUCACAUUUAUUUGUGCAUCUGGUUUGUGGGAGAAAUGUCUCAUCGACACAUAAGCAA